UCAUUCCGUUGCUUUUUAUAUUGAACAGAGAUCGAGCAGAGCAACCAGCAGGUUUUAGUGAAAUUGUACAUAUAAAAAGAAAACACAAAUUAAAUAAGUCGUGUUCAGGGGGAGUUUAAUCAAGCGGGUUUUAAAGCAGUUAUUUGUCAUGGCUGGAAUUUCCAUUGCAGGGACUGGUUUGCUGUUACUGUUUAUGUUAAUGGUUUUGGCAAGUCAUGUGAAAGCAGAGUGGGUUGUUCCACCGAUUAAAAUUAGAGAAAAUGAAGAUUAUUCCAGCAAAAACCCAAUUGCCAAAAUUCGCUCUGAUGUAAGAGAUGUAGUUAGAUACACACUUGUUGGUGAAGGAGCUGAUCAGAGACCUUAUCGCCUAUUUGUUAUUAAUCCAGACAAUGGUGACAUUAGCAUAACAUCAGUUGUUGACAGAGAAGAAAAGUCUAGCUACAUACUGAAAGGACGAGCUUAUAACUCUGCAGGACAACAAGUGGAAGGUGAUAUUGACCUGAAGAUUAAAAUUGAGGAUGUUAAUGAUAACAACCCCAGAUUCACCCAGAAAACAUUUUCCGGGAGCGUUUAUGAACUGAGCAAGAUAGAUACUUUUGUAACGCAAAUAAAUGCAACUGAUGCAGAUGAGGAGAACUCAAUAAAUUCACUCAUUGCUUACGAAAUACUUGAACAGAGCCCUGGAAAUAUGUUUUAUGUUGAAAGGAACACUGGCAGAAUACUGGUAGCAGAUUCUAACCUUGAUAGAGAGACACAUUCAAAGUAUUCUCUUAUGGUACAAGCCAAAGAUUUGAAUGGAGAAUCGGGUGGUCUUGCUAGCACAGCACAACUUGAAAUUGCAAUUGCAGAUGUUAAUGAUAAUGUUCCAACACUGGAGAAAGGGUCUUAUGAAGGUACUAUUGUUGAAAAUACAAAAGGCAUGGAAGUAAUGAGAAUGAAAGCCCUUGAUGCAGAUGAAGAAUUUUCAGACAACUGGCUUGCCAAAUUUGAAAUUGUGUCUGGCAAUGAAGGAGGUUACUUCAGGAUUGAGACUGAUCCUAAGACUAAUGAAGGGGUUUUGAUUCUACAAAAGGAAGUUGACUAUGAAGAACUACAGAACCUUGCCCUUGGAGUUGUUGUCAGAAACAAAGCACCUUUCUAUAGUUCUGUUGUAGACACCAGCACUAGUGUCAACAUAGGUGGAGGAGGAGGUGGAGGAGGUGGAGGAGGUGGAGGAGGAGGUGGAGGUGGUGGAGGAGGAGGAGGAGGAGGAGGAAGUAGUGGUUUUGGAGGAGGCGGCAGUAGUGGUGGUGGAGGAGGAGGUAGUUUUGCAGCAGGUGGAGGAUCCUCAUCAUCUUACACUCUAAAACCAGUUCCAGUUAAACUCAAUGUGCAAAAUGUGCUGGAAGGUCCUAAGUUUUCUCCAAAGGUAAAGGCAAUUCCCAUUUCUGAGGAGGUGGAUCAAGUGGAUCUUUCAAAAGUAAUUGCACAGUAUCCAGCCAUUGAUGCAGACACUGGAAAAAUUGCUGAAAACGUCAAGUAUGUAAAGAAAUACGAUCCUGAUAAUUGGCUGAUAAUUGAUCAGAAGACUGGAGAUAUUAAACUUGCAAAAGUACCAGACCGUGAAUCAAAAUUUUUGGUUAAUGGCACAUACACUGCAGAAAUAUUGGCCAUUACAGAUGAUUUACCUGCAAAAACUUCUACUGGGACUGUUGCUAUCCAGGUAGAAGACUUCAAUGAUCACUGUCCAACUCUUACAAGUACCUUUACAGACAUGUGUUCCAGUGACAAAUCAGUGCUAGUAACAGCUGUAGAUAUUGACGCGGAUCCCAAUAGUGUUCCUUUUAAAUACCAGAUUGUUGAUGACCCUGAGGGUACAGCGCAGAACUGGAAAAUUGAACAUCUCAAUGGAACUAGCAUGCUACUGAGACCAACAAAAACCAUUUGGCCUGGUCAAUAUGGUGUAACCCUUUUAAUAUAUGAUCAGCAGGGGAAAUCCUGUAGUGACAAGCAGGUUCUAAAUAUUGCUGUCUGCACUUGUACAAAUAUUGGAUCAUGUGCUGCAGAGUCUGACAGAGUUCAAUCAAUUGUAACUAGACUUGGACCUGCAGCUAUCGGCCUUAUGAUUCUAGGACUCUUACUGCUGCUACUUGUGCCUCUUCUGCUGCUAUUUUGUACAUGUGGGGCUGGAGCGGGGAGCAAUUUUAUCCCAGUUACUGAUGGCUCAGCAGGACAAUUGAUUCCAUAUGACACAGAAAAAAUGGGUGAAGAUAAGGCAGUUCCAGCUCUUGUUCCAUCAAUGGAUAGUUUAAAAAUUGGUGGCGGGGUCAGUGGCACCAGGACAUUAGGAUUUGGAGAACGUGCUAUGUACAGUAACAACAGCAAAUGUAUGGGUUCUCCUGGGGUAUUUGCAAUGGCAACAAGACCAGUGGCAGCUGAAUAUGACUUGGUGGGACCAGGGUAUGGAUGUGGUUAUGAAGCAGAAUGGUGUCACUCCAAUGGAGGCAGUGGAGAUGACUUUGAGGGUGUAGCUCUGCCUGAGGCUUACUUGGAACAGUACUAUAUGGAGAAGGCUAAAUAUGUUUCAGAUGAAGGACAUCCACAAAAAGAUGCUGCCUUGGUGUAUAAUUAUGAAGGUCAAGAGUCACCUGUGGGUUCGUUAGGGUCUUGUAGCUUUAUUGAAGGAGAUCUGGACCAAAGCUUCCUAAAUGAACUAGGACCAAAGUUUAAGACUCUUGCUGAAAUAUGCAUGGGCUCAGAGAUGACUUCAGGAGUUUCUGUUGAGCAGCCUAAUGUUGCUGUUCAGCACACUGCUGUGUCCGUUAACCCAGUCAUCAGCAAUAAUCGUGUGAUGACCAACAAAACUGUUGAGAUGACCACCCCAGUUCCAGCGCCCCAGGUCCAAAAGAAUGUGGUUGUUACAGAAAACUUGUCUCCUCCUCAGCCAACCGUGUAUCUCCAGAAAAAUCUAGUUGUUUCUGACCCUGCCCAUGUUCAACAGCCUGCCUACAUUCAACAGCCUGCCUACAUUCAACAGCCUGUAUACUAUGCCACUAACCCAAUCAUUCAGACCACUCGAUACAUUGUUGGGCCACAGGUCCAAAGAAAUGUCAUGAUAGAAAGGUCUUCUGUCCCUGGCCUGCAAGGUCACAUUCUAAUGAGUGACAUUCCAAACACUCAGAAUGUGAUGGUGACCCAGAAGAGAUUGGUGCAUGGCUCGGGCAUUCAGGAUGGCAUGGUGAUGGGGUUAGAUCAGGGUGCUCUGCGCGUGAGUGAAAUGCCAAGCUCACAGAAUGUGGUACUACUAGAAAAUAGAGGUUUUGAUCAGGGAAGCAUGCACUUGAGUAACCCUGUCUCUCAGAAUGUGGUGUUAAAAGAGAAGAGAGUGGUGUCUGGACAUAAUGUGCAGGGUGGUACGAUGGGGUACGAACUGGGCAGCUUGCAGAGAAAUGUAAUGCCUGGUUCACAGAAUGUAACAGUAACAGAGAAGACAGUGGUAUCUGAUUCCAGUGUGCAGGGUGGAAAGAUGGGGUUUGGUCAGGGUAGUCUGCACAUGAGUAAAAUGCCAGGCUCACAAAAUAUAACGGUAACAGAGAAGAGAGUGGUAUCUGGAAGUAGUGUGCAGGGUGGUUUAAUAGGAUGAAAUAAGAUGCACUUGGCAUAUAGUGAUGACAGCACAAAGAUAAAGCCCGCAACCAGACAGAACAUUUUAGAAUGGAAUGGCUACAAGUCCUUUACACUUUAAUUAUUAUAGGAUCCCUUAUUUAAAUCAAGGACAUUUAGUUUUAUCCAAGGUUUAUGCCAGGAUUCUGUUAAUUUGUCUUAAAUGAAUACAGUAAUUGAUUUUUAAUUGUCAAGGACUGUUAUGUAAAAUACAGUCUAUUGAUAAAGAAUUGCUUAUGUGCUGUAUGUAUAUAGAGUAUGUAAUCUUUUUUUUUUUGUUUGUUUUAAUGUAAACAGUAUUGCAUAGAUUAACUUGUUCGGUUUAAAGGCUUGGGGCUUGGUAUAUACAUUUUAAUGAAGAAUGGUUGAUAAUUUUAGCUUACAGGUUGGAUCAAUUGUACUGUACAUGCCUCUUUCAACACUACUGGGGUUGUAUACGCAUUGUGCAUCUCAGCAUUGCUUUUUAAAAGACUUUUGAAUACAAGGUUGUGGUUCUAGAAGUGGGUGAGUAUUUCCAAGAAUGUAACAUAGUUUGUAAUUUCAUAAGCAGGUAUUGCAUUUUUCUGUUGAAAAUUAUCAUUGGUGGUGUUGGGUUGUCAGAGAAAGAAAUUGAUUAAUUAAGUCAGGGGUUUCCAAAGAUGGGCCAUGGAAGCAACAACGGUCUAUGUAUUUUUAUAUGGAAAAUAAUGAAAGGCAACAAUAAAAUCAGAUUCAAAUAAAAUAACAAUUUAGCUUGAGAUUAUUUACAGUGUUACAGGUUUAAUAUUUUGUAAUUUUGUAAAUUU